CCACCACCUCCCCCUCCUACUCCACCACCACCUCCCCCUCCUACUCCAACACCACCUCCCCUUCCUACUCCACCACCACCUCCCCCUCCUACUCCACCACCACCUCCCCCUCCUACUCCACCACCACCUCCCCCUCCUCCACCACCUCCCCGUCCACCACCUCCUCCUCCUCCACCACCUCCACCACAGUUGUGGUGAGAGGAGCAGAGACCAGCCAGACUCUGACCGUCUCAUCACCAGACGACCCGAAGCUGUCGCUUCUCCCAUCCAAAUAAACAAAGGAUCCAUUUGAAGAUGUAUCCUCAGGGCCGACAUCCCGCACCUGGACAUGGUCAGCCGAGUCAGCCUGGGUUCAAGUUCACCGUAGCAGAGUCCUGCGACAGGAUCAAAGACGAGUUUCAGUUCCUGCAGGCCCAGUAUCACAGUCUUAAGGUGGAGUACGACAAGCUGUCCAAUGAGAAGACAGAGAUGCAACGUCACUAUGUCAUGUAUUACGAGAUGUCCUAUGGGCUCAACAUAGAGAUGCAGAAACAGACCGAGAUCGCCAAGCGGCUCAACGCGAUUCUAGCUCAAAUUAUGCCUUUCCUGUCACAAGAGCACCAACAGCAGGUAGCCCAGGCAGUAGACCGAGCUAAACAGGUCACCAUGACUGAGCUCAAUGCCACCAUCGGGGUACGUGGGCUUCCUCUCACCCAGCAACAGCUCCAUGCUCAGCACCUGUCCCAUGCAGCCCACGGUGGUCCUCCCCUCCUGGCCGCCCACCCCUCUGGGCUUCAGCCUCCUGGGAUAAUCCCAGGGUCUGGGCUGCUGGCCCUGGGAGCUCUGGGGAGCCAGGCUAACCUCCCUGUUAAGGAUGAGAAGAAUCAUCACGACGUGGAACACAGAGAGAGCACGAAUAACGUCUCCCCGACCGACAGCUUGAGAACAGCCAGUGAGAAACACAGCUCCUCCGACUACAGUCUGGACUCUAAGAAACGCAAAGUGGACGAGAAGGACAGUAUGAGCAGAUACGACAGUGAUGGAGAAAAGAGUGAUGACCUGGUCGUGGAUGUGUCCAAUGAGGAUCCCGCUACCCCUCGGGCUAGCCCCGCUCACUCGCCCGAGGGGAACGGCAUCGGUAAGCCCCGCCCCCAGAAGGACACGCCCACCAGCCCCGCCUCUGUAGCAUCGUCCAGUAGCACGCCCUCCUCCAAGAACAAGGAAAACCAUAAUGACAAGUCAUCAAUUCCAGGCCUGAAGUCGACCACCCCCACCCCUCGUAGCGACGCCCCCACCCCAGGCACCUCCACCACUCCUGGGCUGCGGCCCAUCCUAGGCAAACCCCCUGGCAUGGAGGCUAUGGCUCUGAGGACUCCCCUGUACCCUCCCUUCGUUAUGAUGGGUCAUCAUCCUGAGAUGAACGGAGGUCUGACCAGCCCUGGUGUCUACGCUGGACUGCACGUCUCCCCUCAGAUGAGCGCUGCCGUUGCUGCGUACACACGAACGCCCAUGGGAUUUGAUCCUCAUCCCCACAUGAGACCGGGUCUUCCAGCCAGUCUCACGUCUAUAUCUGGAGGAAAACCAGCCUACUCCUUCCACGUGAGUGCGGACGGCCAGAUGCAGCCGGUACCGUUCCCUCCGGACGCCCUGAUAGGCCCGGGGAUUCCCCGGCACGCCCGUCAGAUCAACACGCUGAGCCAUGGCGAGGUGGUGUGUGCUGUCACUAUAUCCAACCCAACCAGACACGUCUAUACAGGAGGGAAGGGCUGUGUCAAGAUCUGGGACAUCAGCCAGCCCGGCAGCAAGAGUCCGGUCUCUCAACUAGACUGUCUGAACAGGGAUAACUACAUCCGUUCCUGUAAGCUGCUCCCUGACGGUCGUACCCUGAUCGUAGGAGGAGAGGCCAGUACUUUAACCAUCUGGGAUCUGGCCUCCCAGACGCCUCGUAUCAAGGCUGAGCUGACGUCCUCCGCCCCGGCCUGCUACGCCCUCGCCAUCUCCCCAGACGCCAAGGUCUGUUUCUCCUGUUGCAGUGAUGGGAACAUCGCCGUCUGGGACCUGCACAACCAGACUCUCGUCAGGCAGUUCCAGGGCCAUACGGACGGGGCCAGCUGUAUAGAUAUCUCUCACGAUGGGACCAAGCUGUGGACAGGAGGUCUGGAUAACACGGUACGCUCCUGGGACCUGAGAGAGGGACGACAACUACAGCAGCACGACUUCACCUCACAGAUCUUCUCUCUAGGAUACUGUCCAACAGGGGAAUGGUUGGCUGUAGGGAUGGAGAGCAGUAAUGUAGAGGUCCUUCACCACACCAAGCCUGACAAAUACCAGCUACAUCUCCACGAGAGUUGUGUCCUCUCCCUCAAGUUCGCUAACUGCGGUAAAUGGUUUGUGUCUACAGGGAAGGACAACCUGCUGAAUGCCUGGAGGACUCCAUAUGGAGCCAGUAUAUUCCAGUCGAAGGAGUCUUCGUCAGUCCUGAGCUGUGACAUCUCAGCAGACGACAAGUACAUCGUCACAGGCUCCGGGGACAAGAAGGCUACUGUCUACGAGGUCAUCUACUAGAGACAGACACACAGACGGAUGGACAGAUGAGAUUGUGGUGGAUUGGAGAACCUCAGAUGGGAUUAUGAUGGAGUGGAGGACCUCAAAUAGGAUUAUGGUGGAUUGGAGAACCUCAGAUGGGAUUAUGGUGGAGUGGAGAACCUCAAAUGGGAUUAUGGUGGAUUGGAGAACCUCAGAUGGGAUUAUGGUGGAGAGGAGGACCUCAGAUGGGAUUAUGGUGGAGAGAAGGACCUCAAAUGGGAUUAUGGUGGAUUGGAGAACCUCAGAUGGGAUUAUGGUGGAGUGGAGAACCUCAAAUAGGAUUAUGGUGGAUUGGAGAACCUCCGAUGGGAUUAUGGUGGAGAGGAGGACCUCAAAUGGGAUUAUGGUGGAUUGGAGAACCUCAGGUGGGAUUAUGAUGGAGUGGAGGACCUCAAAUGGGAUUAUGAUGGAUUGGAGAACCUCAGAUGGGAUUAUGAUGGAGUGGAGGACUUCAGAUGGGAUUGUGGUGGAGUGGAGAACCUCAGAUGGGAUUAUGGUGGAGUGGAGGACCUCAGAUGGGAUUGUGGUGGAGUGGAGGACCUCAGAUGGGAUUGUGGUGGAGUGGAGGACCUCAGAUGGGAUUAUGGUGGAGUGGAGGACCUCAAAUGGGAUUAUGGUGGAGUAGAGGACCUCAGAUGGGAUUAUGGAUGACUCCUUCCUCCCUCACAGAGACAGACAUCCUGGAUGUGAUGUUGGCGUUCUGGAGUCUGCUGGCACACAGCCCCCCCCCCCGGCUAUCUGGGACGCUUCGCUGACCUGGGUAGGAGGGCGGUGCCGGGGCUGAGUUUGGCCAAACGUGACCAGACUGGUAUUGUGUCUCAGGCUCUGCCAGCCCUCCCUCGUCAGGACUAAGGAAUAGCCCUACACUAGCUGAGGGAGUCCAGGAAGCUCCAGAGGAAGUAAGAGAAGAAGAAAAACAUCGUUUUUCAAUCACUAUUUGUUUUAUGUGUCUCGGCGGCACAGAGAGGGUACAGAGGAGAGAGGUUCGAGGUUCAGUUUGACUCAGCGUGAAAAAGCAGCCUGUGUUUAGUCAAAUGUACAUAGUAGUUUAGCUGGUGUACGUGACGGCGGAAUAAAAGGCCUUUGUUUUCUGGUGUCCAGAUUCACUCUCUCUGUUUCUGCCUGUGUGAUGGUUCUCUCUGCAUGUAUUUGGGCUCCCGAGUGGCGCAGAGGUCUAAGGCACUGCAUCUCAGUGCUAGAGGAGUCACUACAGUCCCUGGUUCGAAUCCCAGACUGCGUCACAUCCGGGCCGUGAUUGGGAGUCCCAUAGGGGGCGGCGCACAAGUUGCCCAGCAUCGUCCGAGUUUGGCCGAGGGGGUGGGGUGGGGGGGGGGGUAGGCCGUCAUUUGUAAAUAAGAGUUUGUUCUUGCCUGGUUAAAUAAAGGUUCAAUUUACAAAAAUAAAA